UAGUGGCUGCUAUUGUGAUUUUUAAUUGAUGAAACUUAUUAAGUGUUUUUCAAAUAUAAAAAUAGUUUACGUGUUGUUGUUUGUAUCUUAUUUUUUUUAUUUUUGUUUUGCAAAACAUCGCGCGAUGUUUUCAAUUUUGAUUUUUUUUUGGGAAAAAUAAUAAAUAUCAAGAAAAGAUAAAUAGUAAAAAAUUCAAUUUCUUCAACAGUAUUUGAACAAAACUAGAACUGAAAGCACAUAAUAAAGACACUAAAAAAACAAUAUUAAAAAAAAAAACUUUAUAAAAAUUUAAAAACUGAAAAAGAAUUGAAAAAUAUACACACAUACAUACAUAAAUAAAGAAAUACAAAAAUUAAAGUGAUAACAAUUACAAUAUUGUGAAUUGUGAAAAAUUAUUUUAUAAAUUGAAAAAUUAGAGGAAGUGAUUUCAUUUAAUUUAAAAUAAUCUUGAAAAAUAAAAAAAAACUUGAAGUUUCAUAAUUCAAUAACAAAGAAAAGAAGAUUAAAAUAAGUGCAUUUUAAGCAGAAAAUAAAAAAAAAAAAGAAUAUUGAAAGAAUUGCAAAUCAUUUUUUAUUGAUUUUUUUUUUUUUACUAAAUUUAAGAAGAUAAGAAAUUAAAAAUAUAUUGAAAAUUUUUUGAAUUAGAAGAGAAUUUAAAAACUUUUUUGUCAUUUAAUUUAAAACUUAAAGUUUUGGAAGACGAAAUGUCUUCAGGUGUUUAUAAUUUACAACGUUAUCGUAAAGUUGUUGGUGGAGCUGGAAUUUUGACUGCUUGUGCUUUGUUAUAUCUCGAAAAACGACGAAUUGAAAAAUAUUUUAAUGGAUUAGUUGAUACUAGAGUUUUGGACAUUGAUAAGAAGAGACCUGAUUACAUUUAUAUUAAAUAUCAUAUAUAUCGUGAAUCUAUGCGUAAAUUGAAAAGACAACAAGAACAAAAUGCUAAUUGGAUUAACGUUAUUAUUCAUCCUAUUGGAAAAUGGUGGAAGACAUUUAAACAUUCUGUUGCUUGGCGCCUCUUAAACAUUGCUCAAAAUGGAAAUCAAUUCGAGCGUAUGAAAGCUGUUCAUCAAUUAGCAAUGAUUGAUCAUUUAAAAGAUUGGGAUUUUCGUCAUUUAGCACAAAUUUGUGAUGCACGUACAGCAGUUUCAUUAGCUAGAUCAGGAUGUGAUAAACGUUGGUUUGUUCCAGUUCCAAUGGCUGGUGUUAUUAAAAAUCCAAAAAUUGUAUUAAGUGAUUUACACAAAAUGUUGGAAGACAUGAAAUCAAAUUCAUGUGUACAACAUUUUUUGAAAAAAUAUUUUCCUGUUCAAGAUAAUAUUAAAGAUGCUGAUAUGGAUGAAUUUAUAUCACAAGGAAGUUUUAUAUCAACACCGGAUUGUGAUUUAUUGAAAGAAUGUAUUGCAUUUUUGCAUCAUUUAACAAAAGAUGAAAAAAUGUGUGAAAGAUUAAUCAAAGAUGGAGCACUUAUACUGCUUUUAGAAUUAAAAAAGAUUUUUGAAAAAGAUUAUGAAACUUUAAAUACUCUAUGUAAAGUUAUGGCAAAUUUAUCAAUGGCUGAUGAUUGUGUUAAUGAUUUCUUUCAAAGUGGUUGGGUUACAGUUCUAGCUGAAUGGAGAGAACAUCCAGACAUGAGAUUGCAAGUCAUUGCAGCAAAAGCUCUUGCAAACUUGGACUACGAUGAUGUGAAUCAUGAAAAAUAUCCUCCAAAUGUAUAUCCUUUAUAUCCGAGAACAAGACAACUUACCAAACCAAAAGCUGAUAUAAUAUUUACUCAUGGACUUCUUGGUGGUGUUUUCAUUACAUGGCGUCAAAAAGAUAAAAAACCGGCAGAAUUGAACCUUUAUGGCAAGAAUGCUUUUUAUACAAGUGAGUCGGAUGAUGUAUUUUUAGUUGGUGAGAAUAAACGUGUAAAUGGAUUAAAAUCUAAAACUGAAGAAAAGGUCAAAGGAAAUAUUUUAUUAAAUGAGGCUCCAAUCCUUACAUCUAACUCAAAUAUCAAAUCUCCAAAAAGACAAAAACGUCAACUGCCAGAUAUUAGUGAUGCAGCUACAAAAGAGUUAGUUGAAGAAUUGCAAACUGAAGCUGAAUUAGAAAAUGAUUGGGAAGUUGUAUAUCCCGAUGUUCCAUUAAAAUCAAAUGAAAAAUGUGCCGGAGAAUUCAGUGUUACUGGUGCAAAUUGGGUUAACGACGACGAAUCAGAAGAUUAUACACAUUGCUGGCCAAUGGAUUGGUUACCAGAGGAUUUUCCAAAUGUCAGAAUCCUUGGAAUUGAUUAUACAUCAAUUGUAACAGAAUGGUCAGCACAUUAUUCCAAAUACUGCCCAUGUGAGAAAGGACAAGGUCGUAUAGAUGAACGUUCCACACUAUUAUUAAAAAGAUUAGCACGUUCCAAUAUUGGUAAAGAUAGACCAAUAGUUUGGGUUGGACAUUCCAUGGGUGGUAUUUUAACUAAAAAUAUUCUACUUAAGUCAUUAGAACAUUCAGAGGAAAGUUUUCGUCGUGUUGCUAAAAGCACAAAAGGAAUCGUAUUCUUAGGCACACCUCACCGUGGUAGCCCGUUGGCAAAAUGGAAACAAACUAUUCAACCGUUAAUAGCACCUUCAAUUGAAGUUAAAGAAAUGGAAGAAAAUAAUCCGAAAUUAUUAGCUAUGCAUAAUCGUUUUAUGGGAGCAUUAAAUACUCAACUAAAAGAUGUUAACGUUGUUAGCAUUGUAGAAGGCACUCCAACUAUGUUUUCAUCAUUUAAAUUUCCACUAACAAUUGUUACAGAAGAAUCAGCUCAUAUGAGUGUUGGUGAUUUUUAUGUAUUACAAUAUGAUCAUCUUAGUUUAAGUAAGCCAGUAUUUAGGCAAUCUUUUCUUUAUCAAAGACUGUUGCAAGUUAUUGAUGAGACUGUCAAUGAAAAGCCAAAAGGUAAUAGUACUAAUGUUCAUAAACAUUCAACACAGCUAGAUGAUCAAAAAUCAAAUUUUGCCAUUAAUUUCUUAAAGGAAAAGACUAAUGAAAUUUUAAAUUUAUUUCCAAAUGUUUUUUAUAAAUUUAUAACAUUAGUUGAAAUGCAAGAGUAUGAUGACUAAGUAAUUGUACUUCACUGAAAAUGAAAACAAUUUUGUAAUUUAAUGUAGAUAUAUUUAUUUAAUUCCACUAAUUAGAUAUUUAUUUGUAAUUAAAGAAAUGUAUCAUUUCUUUAAGAUGUAGCACUUUAGCUUUUUUAAGAAGUUAUUUAAUAUUUACUUAUAGUUAUUUAUAUUUUUUUUUAAAGUAAAACAAUUUAUGAAAAAUUAAAAAAAAAAAAAGAAAAAAAAAAACAAAAUAUUUUUACAAUUUUUAUACAUAUGAAUAAAUUUAAUAAUUUAGAUUAAAAUAAAAAAUGUGAAA